AAAGAGUUGCUGUUGUUUAAGAAAGUGAAGUCAGCCUGUAAGAUGCAUUUGACCAAGCCUCUCAACAAAGAUAACCAGACUGCUGAAGAAUUAUUUGCUGCUAGGAAUGAGAGACUCCAUCGAGAUGCCAAGGAAUGGCUAAUGCGCACCACUGAGAAUUGCACCAUUCUUUCUGUUUUCAUAGCCACUGUCGCCUUUGCAGCAGCCUACACGGUACCAGGAGGUCCUAAUCAAGACACCGGUAUUCCAAUCCUUAACUCUAAACCCUUGUUUGUGGUUUUCAUAUUAGCUGAUGUGUUCUCCCUCACUUUGGCUUUGACAACUGUGGGUAUAUUUCUCUCCAUCCUUACAUCCUCAUUUCCACUACAAGACUUCGAAACAUAUCUUUUUAAGAAGCUGACACAGGGAAUUAUAUGUAUGAUCCUCUCGGUCUCAAUGAUGGCGGUGGCGUUUGGAGCAACAAUCAUCCUGAUCAUGAUGACACAUAAUUGGAAAAAUGCUGUUUGGAGUGUGGUUGGAUUUCUUCCUGUCCCCAUUUUUUUUCUCUCAUAUUCACCUCUACGUUCAGCAGUCCUGGGACGUUGCACAGAAUCUUCCAAAAAUUUUGUUGCAAAAUUCCUCAAAGGUGUUGCCAUUGGGGUUGGAAUAUUCGUCUUUGUCCUCUUUUAUUGUUUAUAUCUAGCUUUCAAAGGACUGUUCUGGACCGUGAAAAAGGCUUUUGGUUGGAUUUGUGGGAAUAAAUCCGAUACCCAAUCUCCACAGCCAACUGCAGCUCCAAUUACUCAAGUUUGA